AUGAAUGAGCCGUCCAGUUCUCGAUCGAAGCCCAUAUUCCUGUCGGAAACCCAAUUUUCGGAGGAUUGGUGUAAACGACGCCAUGUUCCCUCAUGCAGCCCCUUUGUCAUGCUCAAGGAGCGGGAGAUUGGAAUACAUUUAACAAGAAGGGCAUACAAAAGUUACUUGGGCAAUCGGGAUUUUUAUUCAACUAUCCCAUUGAAAAGAAAUUUUGUGGUUGGUUUUGAACCUAGCAAUCGUUAUUCAUUUUUGGGAUGGUCCCCUGAUGGAAAAUACGCGGUUGCGAUGCAUUGUGGAAUGAAAGCUUUACGUAUAUACAAGUAUUUGGGAGUUGAAAGGGGUUUGGAUGCUGCACCUGAAGACUUUUUACAAAAAUCGCUAGAACUUGUAUCCGAGAUGACCCUACCAUAUGAGGGACAUUUCAAGCAAGACGGUCUCUAUUUCACAUCUGACAGCAGGCAUUUUGUUAUAGUUUGCAUUGCGGCUUUACGAGGGAACGAAGCAGGUUAUAACCUUGAUCGAGUCUAUUCUCAUAAUGAAAGCUUGCCUUUAUCUGCUCUUUCUAUAGACGAUUAUACUUUCUUAUCCUAUGCUUUGAAGGAUGGCCAAAUAAGCGGUGUUUAUCAAUUACUAGCGGAUCGGGUUAGCUUAACACAUGGCGCCAACGUUUGUGGUCGUUAUCUAAUGAUAACUUCUCAUCAUCAACAAGUUAUUCAUGUUGUGCAAAUCGCUUCGGAUACUGGUAGUCUAGUCCCUUUACGAAUUAUAGGAUACACAAUCCAUGAUGACGAUGCUAUGUAUCUAUAUGGCGACUUGCACGAUUCUUAUCUCCGAACUGACGUCAUGUCAGGCUUCAAACAACGUCUGAAUUCGUUUCUUUUCAAAAGAGCUAAAACAGAGAAUAAAGUCGCUGAUUUUUUGAGGGGGUCUGUUUAUCGGGAUAGUUUGCGUAUGGAUAGAGUUGGUUUGUUCGAAGAUUUCUAUCUGAUGAUUAGGAUGUUGCCAAUGCAUAUGAUUAUCAACAGCAAUGAAAUUGCCAACAGGGAUCCCAAUUUGUUACCCUGUUUCUUUGUAAUUAUGGAUUGGAGAAAUGCCGAGAUUUUAGAAGUUUACGAAAAUUACGACACUGCGUUCAUGGCGCUGUAUGAAGAAGCUCCAGAGUCUUUGGUUUUUCCUAUGAGUGAUGUAUGUUGGCCUGGUGCCUCGCAGUUUAGAAGUGUUGCUCUUCAAUGUGUUAACCGCUAUCGAAAACGAAUAAGGAGUCAAUCGGAUGUAAGAAGACGUGUGAUCAAUCAGUUACCUAUGCCGUCAUUGCACGCAAAUAAGGUCAGCCUACAAUCCCCGUAUCUGGAUCCCUCAAUAUUCCAAAUAGAAGAUCGCUUUCAAAUGAAAAUGUUGUGUGGGAAAACACAAGUAGAGUAUCAGGACUACAAAGAGAUCAAAAUAGGAUCUAAAAGAACGAAGAGAUUGUUCCAUCGUUUGCCUUUCGAUGGGCUGGUAGAACCUAUAGGACGUCAGGUGUCCCUGCUGUUUCAUCCUACUGACCCCUUGUGCAUUGCAAUCGACCGACAGCGGCCAAAUCCUACUUGCAUAGUUUAUAUACCCAAACAUUCUGAUCUUCAUUCGGACGAUUCUCUGAGCUGUGAAGAAACUCCGAAAAGCACUGAACCAGAAUCCUCUGAGACUUCUUCACAGUUUGAGUCUCAGGUUAGUUUAACAUCAAAAUGA